AAAACCCUAAUAAACUCUCCUCAAACCUCACUUCAUCCCACACUCCCAAGUCCCAACUUUUAGAGAGUGAAACUGAAAAACUGAAAGUCUGAAAAAACCGCAACCGGCUGCACGCGACUUCAUCUUUCUCUUUGAUCUUAAGUCCAUCUACCCUUCAAGACAGUGUAUUCCUCUCAAUUAUCUACUUUGAGACCUAAACAAUAUCUCGCGUACAAUGGUUUCAUCCGUAUUAGAUGAAGAAACCUCAAAAGAAGUGAUUCGACAGGUUGAGUUCUACUUUAGUGAUAGUAAUCUUCCUCGAGACAACUUUUUGAUGACUACAAUAAAUAAAAACGAAGAUGGAUUGGUGAGUUUGGAUUUAAUUUGCUCAUUUGCGAAGAUGCGAGGGUAUUUGAAGUUAGGAGAUAUUAAACCGGAAGAGGUUUCUGAAAAUACUGUUAAGGCUGUUGCCGACACUCUCCGGACUUCUAAUUUUCUUAAAAUUUCUGAUGAUGGUAAGAAAGUUGGGAGGAGAACUGAACUUCAAAAGCCAGAUGAGGUGAUAGAACAGCUUGAUAGUAGGACUAUUGCUGCUUCACCACUGCCAUAUGAUGUGCAGCGUGAAGAUGUUGAAUCUUUCUUUGCUGAAUUUGCUAAAGUUAACAGUGUCAGACUUCCCCGUCUUGUUUCACACAAAAAUAUGUUUUGUGGGACUGCUUUGGUUGAGUUUUCUACUGAGGAAGAUGCAUUAAAGGUUUUGAAGCAAACUUUGGUGUAUGCUGGUGCAGAUCUAGAGCUCAAGCCGAAAAAAGAAUUUGACGCUGCAAGAGAUAAGGAAGAACAGGAAUAUGAGAAGUCAGGUCGUAACCGUGGAAAUAAUAAAGAUUCUGAAGAGGACAACUAUCCCAAGGGCCUAAUCAUUGCUUUCACAUUAAAGAGCAAGUCACUGGAAAAUGAAUCUAAGCAAAAUGGUUCAGAUGAGCAAGGCUGUGAUGCUAUGGUGUCCAAGACAAAUGGAGUAGAAUCCGUAGCAAAUGAAUCGGAAUUGGCAGAUCAGGCAUCAGAAAAUGAUAAAAAUGGUGUUGCGGAAAAUGUUGAGGAAUCUAAGGCAGAAGCAACUCCUGAAACGGAAGAGAAGGAAGCUGAGGGUAAUGAUAACUCUUCUAAAAGGGCUGAAAAAAUGGCUGGAGAGAUAGCCGAAGGAAAAUCUGCUGUUGAAUCCUACAAGGAUAACUUGGAUGUUGUUAUUCGGGAAGAUCUGAAGGCAGUAUUCCAGAAAUUUGGCACUGUCAAGUACAUUGACUUUAAGAUGGGAGAAACUUCAGGCUACAUCCGGUUUGAGGAACCUGAGGCAGCCCAAAAAGCUCGUGCUGCUGCUGUGCUCAAUGAGGAAGGGGGUAUUGUCGUCAAAAACUAUAUCGCUGCCCUUGAACCUGUGUCCGGUAACGCGGAGAAGGAAUAUUGGAGUCAAAUUCAAGGAAAUCAAGGGAGAUUCCGUGGCAAGGGACACAGAGGAAGGGAAGCAAAAUUUAACAGAGGCGGAAGGCACGGACGGCCUCGUGACAGAGAUUCAUACCAUGGUCGUCCAAACAAAGUUCAGAAAGGGGCAACAUAAGAUUUAAUCCUUUAGUCUUCAGGAAAAAUGUGAACAAUUUUUGCAGUUUUGAUUGAUUCAAAACUUUAAAUGUUUUAAUUAUGGUCUAAUUAUAUUAGAUGGUUUUCAGAUGUUUAAAUGACUGAAUCAAUCGAAACUUGCACGA